ACAGGUUUUUGGUAGCAAUCUCACGCUCUGACAGCAAUCAUUCUUCCCCUUGUGAGACUUCCUUCAUAACCCUCCUCUAUCCCUUUUCUCUCUCACACACAGUGAAAUCUAGAAAAAAGUAACCUUUUUCAUAAAUCCCAUUUGAGUUUUCCCAAUAAUGGCCGGAAGAAGAAGGAAAAAGAUGAAAUUAUUGGCUGAAACACUCGAAGACAACAAAAGAGUGCAAAGAGGGCAGCCAGAUGAGCAACAAAUACAGUCUGAUCUUCCAACAGAGCUUUUGGAACUGAUUCUUUCUCAGUUAACUUUGAGGGAUAACAUUCGCGCUUCUGCAGUUUGCAAAAGAUGGCUAACUAUUGCAACUUCUGUCAGAAUGGCCAAUAAGCCUCCAUGGCUCAUGUUUUUCCCAAAAUUCGGUGAUUUGUAUGAGUUCUAUGACCCUUCUCAGCGCAAAACGUAUUGGCUUGAGUUGCCAGAGCUAAAUGGCUCCAGGAUUUGUUAUGCCAAGGAGGGUUGGUUGCUGCUGUACAAGCCUAGAACUCAGCUUGUAUUUUUCUUUUGCCCUUAUACCCGAGAGUCGAUCGAUUUGCCUAGUCUAGAAUUAACAUACCAAAUAGUUGCCUUUUCUGCCGCUCCAACAUCUCCAAGCUGUAUCCUUUUUACAGUUAAGCAUGUUAGCCCCACAGUUGUUGCAGUCAGCACGUGUCAUCCUGGGGCAACUGAAUGGACUACCGUUAAUUACCAAAACCGGUUGCCGUUCGUUAGCAGCAUUUGGAAUAAGCUAGUUUUCUGCAAAGGUCUUUUCUAUUGUUUGAGUCUUACUGGUUGGUUGGGGGUUUAUGACCCUCAAAAGAGUACUUGGGCUGUUCAUUCUGUGCCUCCGCCUAAAUGCCCAGAGAAUUUCUUUGUCAAGAAUUGGUGGAAAGGUAAAUUUAUGGCAGAGCACAAUGGGGAUAUUUUUGUAAUAUACACCUGCUCUGCCGUAAACCCUGUCAUAUACAAGUUGGACCAAACAAAUAAAGUGUGGGUGGAGAUGGAAACUUUAGGAGGCAUGACACUCUUUGCAAACUUUUUAUCAUCCCAUGCUCGGACAGAUCUUCUCGGGACAAUGAGAAACAAUGUCUUCUUCUCCAAGGUUCGGUUCUAUGGGAAACGUUGUGUUUCGUAUUCUCUCGACAAUGGAAGAUAUUAUCCCCGAAAGCAGUGCUAUGAUUGGGGGGAACAAGAUCCUUUUGAGAGCAUUUGGAUUGAACCACCCGAAGACCUUUCCGCUUUUCUUUAAAGGUAGCGGCUGCAUUGGUAUGAGUAUUUAGUCCAUGUUCAUGGAUGGUUAGCUUCUCCACGUCUUUCAGUUAUUUGCUGCUAUAGUCGCUUGCACUUUGCUACUUGAUGUUUCAAGUUUGACUGCAAUAAAUAGUUAUCAACUAUGCAGCUGCACUUCCUAUCUUAAUGUGGUUUAUUUUCAUAUGAUUUUCAUAACCCAGUCAGUAUAUGCAAACUACGACUAGAAGUCUUGGGAACAAUGUUGUACACAUUAGUUGUAACAUUAGGGAAUUACUACUAUCCGUUUUAUUAUCUUCUCCCAUUAUUUUCGCUGCA